GGAAUUGGAAUAAGCAUUUAGAGAUAUGCAAAUCACGAAACAAAAAAACGAGCCUCUUCAAAGUAUUGUUAGCCACUUUUUGGCCAGAAUAUUUAUAUCUCGGCUUCCUUCUAGCAACAAUGGAUCUAAUAUUUCGCUUGAUACAACCUAUUAUGUUGGGAUAUCUUUUAGAUUAUUUCAAACCAAACCAGACGACCACAACGAAAACUGACGCUUUAUGGUAUGCAGGUGCUGUAGUCGCCUUAAACACUAUCAGUGCUCUUUUCAUCAAUCAAUAUAUUAUGGAUGCUUUUCAUUAUGGGAUGAAAGUCAGAGCAGCUGUUUGUGCCUUAAUUUAUAGAAAAGCCCUGAGACUGAGCAAGACUGCCCUUGGAGACACUGCAUCUGGUAAAAUAGUAAAUUUGCUAUCGAAUGAUGUAAGCAGAUUUGAUAUCGUUUCGAUAUUCAUUCAUCACAUGUGGGUGGCGCCUACGUCUUCUAUUAUCAUCAUGUACUUUCUCUGGGCAGAAGCUGGUUAUGCUGGAAUUUUGGGAAUUAUAGCAGUUUUUUGCGUUGUCCCAUUACAAGCAUACACUGGAAAACUGGCAGCUCUGUACCGAAAACAAACCGCUUUGAAAACAGAUGAAAGAGUCAGGAUGAUGGACGAAGUGAUUUCUGGAGUUCAAGUUAUCAAGCUGUAUGCUUGGGAGAAACCUUUUGAAAAACUAAUCGAAUUAGCAAGGAAGGCAGAGCUUAAAGUUGUGAUAAAAUCAUCAUACGUGAGAGCUCUAUUCAUGACUUUCAACUUGUUCACUACUAGAGCAGCUCUGUUUUGCACAUUGUUGACUAUGGCUCUUACUGAUCAAGAAAUCACAGCUAGAAAGGCCUUUGUAUUCAUGUCAUACUUCAAUAUAAUGUCUCAAACAAUGUCUUCCAUGUUCGUACGUGGUAUAUCUGAAAUAGCGGAGCUGUUUGUUUCUAUCAAAAGACUGCAAGGUUUUAUGAAUAGCGAGGAGUUCCAAGGUAUUGUGAAUACUCAAAACAACAACGAUAUCAAAUUCAGCAAUACUAAGCAACCGGUCAUCCUGAGGGAUCUCACUGCUAAAUGGAAUUUAGCUUCAUCUGAUACUGCUCUGAAUAAUGUCAAUUUGAAAGUGAACAAGGGAUCAUUGGUUGGAAUCAUUGGACCAGUUGGUAGUGGAAAAAGUUCCCUACUGCAAGCAAUUUUAGGUAAGUGACCCGUUGUGUCCAGAUGUC